AUGAAUUACCUCAAGGCUUCAGUAUAUGGACAACCUACCAUGCCUCGAGAUUAUAAGGAAUUGAGUCUAUACCUUAAGAUUAAUGGGAGAUAUUAUUUGAAUCAUUAUGCUGAGGAAUUCCAGCAGUAUUAUUUAAAUGACUACAAUGGUUAUGUGAAUUUGAUUAAAGACAUGAUAGUAUUAUAUGUGGUUUAUUCCAUAGUUAAUCCAAUUUUCACCCAUUUAAGAGGUUAUGGAGUGUUGAAAUCGUUGAAACAUAUCUACAAUUACUUGUUGAAGUUUUUCUCCUCCAUUUUCAUGGCUUUACCAUUCGUAAAGAAACAAGUCGAUAAAGAACUUAAUAAGACCAUUGAUACUAUCGAUAAAUCUAUUAUUUUAAAUGAUGAAAAAUUGAAACAAUUCCCUCAAUUGCCCUCCAAAGGGUUAAGCCACUUGGAGAUCUUACAAGAAUUAGAUAAUUUACAAGAUUUAAAACAUUCCGCCUGGGAUAAAGGUAGAGUGAGUGGAGCGGUUUAUCAUGGAGGUGAUGAAUUAUUAGAAUUACAAUCUGAUGCUUAUAAUAAAUAUUCAAUUGCCAAUCAAUUGCAUCCUGAUGUUUUUCCUGGAGUUCGUAAAAUGGAAAGUGAAGUUGUUUCAAUGGUACUAAAAAUAUUCAAUGCCCCAGAUUCAGGGUGUGGAUCCACCACAAGUGGGGGAACUGAAAGUUUAUUAUUAACAGGUUUAGCUGCAAGAGAAUAUGGUAAGAGGCAUAAAGGUAUCACCAAGCCUGAAGUCAUUGCUCCUGUUACUGUUCAUGCUGGGAUUGAAAAAGCUUGUUAUUAUUUCGGAAUGACAUUACAUAAAGUAGAUUUGGGCCCUGAUUAUAAAGUUGACUUGAAGAAAGUUAAGAAACUCAUUAAUAGAAAUACGGUUUUAUUAGUGGGUUCAGCACCAAAUUAUCCUCACGGUAUUGUUGAUGAUAUCGAAGGAUUAUCAAUAUUGGCUACCAAGUAUAAUAUACCUUUACAUGUGGAUGCUUGUUUAGGUUCCUUCAUUAUGGGAUUCUUGGAAAAGACCGAUAUUCAUGACUCUAUACCAUUGUUUGAUUUCAGAGUUCCUGGAGUAACCUCAAUAUCUUGUGAUACUCAUAAAUACGGAUUUGCACCCAAAGGGUCAAGUGUUAUAAUGUAUCGUCAUAAACAAUUGAGGGAAUGUCAAUACUACAUAUCAUCAGAUUGGACAGGAGGAAUGUAUGGUUCACCUACUUUGGCCGGGUCAAGACCUGGUGCUUUAACUGUAGGAUGUUGGGCUACUUUAGUGAAUAUUGGAGAAGAAGGAUAUUUGAAUUAUUGUAAAGAAAUUGUCACUGCCAGUAUGAAAUUAAAAAACGCUUUGAAAUCGAACAAUAUCUUGGCCCAAAAUCUUGAACUUAUUGGAGAUCCAUUGGGUUCAGUUAUUUCGUUCAAAGCUAAAGGUGAAUUUUCCAUUUAUGGGUUGAGUGACAAAUUAACCAGUAAAGGCUGGCAUUUUGCUACUUUACAAAAUCCCGCCGCUUUACAUUUUGCCCUUACAUGGUUAACCGUUCCUAUAAUCGAAGAAUUAAUUGACGAUUUAGUUUCUUGUACCGAAGAAAUAGCCAACUCAUCAGAAAAAAUUAAUAGUGAUACUGCGUCAUUAUAUGGAGUGGCCGGAAAUGUUUCUACAGCUGGGGUGGCCGAUAAGAUUAUUGUAGCUUUCUUAGAUGCUUUAUAUAAAUUAGGCUAG